AUGUCUCUCUCCUCCGCUUCCGGAUCUUUGCUGCGCACCUGCGCCCGCCAGCAGCUGACCACCUCUCGCGCUGCCAUGGUGUCCUGCCAGCAACGGAGAGGUGUCGCUGAUUCCAAGGCGACCUUCCAAAGCCCCUUCGCCUCUACGACCACGAAGAUCCCCGAUUUCAGCAAAUACUCCUCCAAGAAGUCUGCGCGCUCGAACCAGGUCUUCUCCUAUUUCAUGGCUGGCUCUCUGGGUCUUGCCUCUGCCGUCGGUGCCAAGGCUACCGUUCAGGUGGACCCCAAUAGGUUGAUGGGAUGGUCCGUUGUGUCCGGGAACAAGUUCACUGAUGUGCAAUUUCUAUCAACAGACUUCUUGGUCAACAUGUCCGCCUCUGCCGACGUCCUCGCCCAGGCCAAGGUUGAAAUUGGUCUUGCUGCUAUCCCUGAGGGCAAGAACGUCAUUAUCAAGUGGCGUGGUAAGCCCGUGUUUAUCCGUCACCGCACUCAGGAGGAGAUCCAAGAGGCCAAUAACAUCGACGUGAACUCCCUCCGUGAUCCCCAGACUGAUGAGGAGCGGGUUCAGAAGCCCGAAUGGCUCGUCAUGCUUGGUGUCUGCACCCACCUUGGUUGUGUCCCCAUCGGUGAAUCUGGUGACUUUGGCGGCUGGUUCUGCCCCUGCCACGGUUCCCACUACGACAUCUCCGGCCGUAUAAGGAAGGGUCCUGCACCGCUGAACCUCGAAGUUCCUCAGUACAACUUCCCCACCGAGGAGACCCUCGUCAUCGGUUAA